AAACGCUUUAUAUACAAUUUUUUAUAUUUCACGAAUUCGAAUCUCAGUCAUCAAAAUGCGCUUCACCAUCGCCACCGUUUUGGCCUUUGCCGCCCUUUCCUUCGCACAGAUCACGCCCAACGUCGCCGGCGCCAAAAAUGUCGGAGCCGGCAACGGCGCCCAGUUCAUUACUGGUGGAUGUGUCAGCAAUGCCGAUUGCUCUUCCGCAUGCUGUGCCGACGCCUCCGGCAAGGGAGUCUGCAGUGCCGAGGCCGCACAAUUCCAGAACGGAAAGAACGGAUGUGGCUUCCAGGACCCGAACGCUCAGGCUACGAUUGCUGCAGCGAAAGCUCAGGUUCAGAAGCAGGGAUUCAAGAAGGUCAAGAGAGCAACAUGCUAGAUGCUGCAUAACAGGAAGUAGAGUGAUUGGAUAGCCU